AGGCAGAGAGAACGGAGAUCGAAAGAAACCUUCAAAGUUUCUCUACUUUGGUUCAAAAUGUCAGCAUUUUUGUACUCACCCAUUGGGAAUAUCCGUGUUAUUCCAGCCUCUGAUCAUUGGCAAACACAAGACUUAUUAACAGUGUUAUCAGAAGGCAGCGAGGCAGUACAUCCAGACAGUGUUUAUAUCUUGCACAAUGGACGUUUAUUGCCCCCAUGUAGCAACAACACCCUGACCAUAUCUACGAAUGACGUAGUUAGGGUUAAUUAUCGUUUACCUGGAGGUAAAGGUGGUUUUGGGUCGAUGUUGAGAGCUAUUGGUGCACAGAUAGAAAAGACAACAAGUAGAGAGGCAUGUCGAGACCUGAGCGGAAGGAGAAUGAGGGACGUCAAUGAUGAAAAAAAAAUCACAGAGUGGGUUGCAAAACAGGCUGACAGAGAACGUGAAUUAGCAAGACAAAAACAGGAAAGACUGGAAAAAAGAAGAGCUGGACCAAAGCACAACUUUGAUGACAGAACCUACACAAUGCAGAUUCAGGAGAAUUUAGAGAAAAUAGAUGAUGCACUGAAACAAGGUUUGAAGGCUUCUACGUCUGCAUCAGGGUUGGAAGUGGGGGUAAAAAGAGCAAGCACAAUAAGUGGUGAUGCUCCUAAAAAGCGAAAAAUAUGGAUGGGAGUGGAUGAAGAGGAGUUAGAUGAUAGUGAUGAUGAUGAAACACAAACAAUAACAGAAAAACCAUCCUGUAGUUCAAGUACAUGGACCAUAAGUGCCCCAGAAACAAGUACUGCUACAAGUGCUACAGAUGUAUGUGUUGAGAGUAAUUCAAGAGGUAAAAUGUCACCUGAUCAACCAUCAACCAGUGCCGCUCAAUUAUCCAACACUGCUAUAAAUAUAGAUGCGAGUGACACUGCUGCUAGUAAUGCAGCUGAUCAUAACACUGCUGUAAGUACUGAUUCAGCAAGUGAGAGCAAUUCAAGUGAUGAAAAUAUGGCAGAAAUAUGUACAACCAAAGAAGGUGGAGUGGUUGGUAAAACAGAGGAGGAAAAAUGUGAAAAUGAAAUCACUGAGAAGAAAAAGGAUGAAGAAAAUUUCGCAAAGGAUGAAACCAUGAAGCCUUUUAAUAUUGAUGAUUACAAUACUUCUGAAGAGUUAGAAUCUCUUGGACUGGAGGCAUUAAAGGAACAUUUGAAGACACUGGGUUUAAAGUGUGGAGGUACCCUACAAGAAAGAGCACAAAGGCUUUUCUCAACCAAAGGCAAAGCUUUGGAAGAUCUGGACCCUUCUUUAUUUGCAAAACCAUUGAAAGGAAAGAGUAAACCAAAGAAGAAGUGAACUGUGGGCAUGCAGCCAUUAUAUAUAGAUGAAAAUCCUAUAUGAUACCAAUUUAUCACAAUAUUUCAAAGGCUUAUUUCUAUUUUUGAGAAAUAAGAAAAUAAGUGACAAGGACAGAAAGUUUUAAUUUAUUUUAUUUUGUGGUCAAAAAAACCAAUAUUGAUUUAAAAAGUUUUGAGCAAUUCAUUAGCAACAGCUAAAAUUUUCUUUAAAUAUCUUUUUUUUGGUUACUAUUUCAUAAGUUAAUUUUCAAUGGUAUAACUUUGAUAUCUACACCAACAAAGUGAAUUCUUAUACUGUCAUUACCAGCUCAACUGCUCAAAUAUAAUAUAUGCAGGACAUAACCAUGUAAUUGAGGUACCUUCAUUUUAGUUAUAUGGAAUGACAGUAAAUUCCCUUUGAAACAGUUUCACCUUAGUUUACAAUUAAAUAAAAUCUCACUAAUAUUAA